GGGGACUGCCCGCCCCCACUGGUAGCAGACUCCCACGGAGGGCCCUCUCCUCCUCACUUCCCGAGUGCAGCCUGGGGGUCUGAGGACUCAGGAUGCUGCUGCUGCGAGCUCUUCUGCUGCUCUUAGUCCUGCCUACCCAUGGCGAGGACAUUACAGGAGAGGAGCCUGGAGUCCAGCUCUCCCCACCCAAGGGCUCCUGCACGGGUUGGAUGGCGGGCAUCCCGGGGCAUCCUGGCCACAAUGGGUCCCCCGGCCGUGAUGGCAGAGAUGGCACACCUGGAGAGAAGGGUGAGAAAGGAGAUCCAGGUCUUAUUGGUGACAAAGGUGACACUGGUGAAACUGGAAUAACUGGGAUUGAAGGUCCUCGAGGCUUUCCAGGAGUCCCGGGCAGGAAAGGAGAACCUGGAGAAAGUGCCUUUGUGUAUCGCUCAGCAUUUAGUGUGGGAUUGGAGAACCGGGUCACAGCCCCCAAUAUUCCCAUUCGCUUUACCAAGAUCUUCUAUAAUCAGCAAAACCACUAUGAUAGCACCACUGGAAAAUUCCACUGCAACAUUCCUGGGCUCUACUACUUCUCCUACCACAUAACAGUCUACUUGAAGGACGUGAAGGUCAGUCUCCACAAGAAGGACAAGACUGUGCUCUUCACCUAUGACCAGUACCAGGACAAGAACGUGGACCAGGCUUCCGGCUCAGUGCUCCUCCACCUAAACUCAGGUGAUGAAGUCUGGCUCCAGGUGUAUGGAGAUGGAGAGAAUAAUGGGCUCUAUGCAGAUAACAUCAAUGACUCAAUCUUCACAGGCUUCCUUCUCUACCAUGACACUGAAUGAUCACCACUAACUCCUAGUCACCACCAGCCCAGGUUUUCAGUGUAAAGAGACUGACUUUAUCUGCUUGAAGGGCUCUGAAUAUUAUUGAUGCAUUUACUCCAUUCAUUCAUCCAAUACCUAAGAAAAAGAAACAACCCACAAACUAUGUGAUACGUCCUAAUAUGUCCUAAUAUGUAAUAUAUUUCUGGCCUUAAAGACCUAUGUUGUAGUGGAAACAAAAGGGUAAUAACAUAUACUGAAGAGUUUUUACAUACAUGACAAUAAAGUCCUUGAUAAUGUGA